GCAGCUGGCAGCUGUCAGUUCUUCAUCAGGUGUCACGCGCUUCAUCCCCCCUUUUGUUAAGCGAGAUUAUCAUGAUCUAUUUUGGGUCUUCUUCCAUGAUAAUCCCCGCCCAAGACAUGAUGAGGCCAUCGGCGUGCCACCGGUGUUUCCCACCAGCCACUCAUUCUAUUCCUCCACCAAUGACUCUGCCCGUUCUGAGUCUCCUCGAAUCCCAUUUGACCCUGGCAGCUCGAGCUACUGUACCCCGGCGUCAUGCUUGGGUUAGGAUAAAUUAAACCGUGGAGAACCUGACAAGCCUGGGGUACGCUAAGAUGCGCAGACUUGGUUCUUCACAGGUUUAUGCUCCGUGUCCGGGCUGGCCGUCGGCAACGGCCAUGAUUGCCAUCUGCCCAUCCUGCCCUUUGGAGCUUUAUAUAAUACUUCGCGUGGGCGGCCUUCUUGCUCAUGUUUCUGUCUGAAAGUCUGCCAAACUGAAUCUCCCACCCAGCUCUUUCGCCAUGUUCGUUCCUCUGCUGCUGGCGGCGCUGCCCCUUCUGUCCCACGCUGCGCUCACUUAUCGCGGUGCAGACAUCUCUUCCCUUCUGAUGCUGGAGGACGAGGGCUAUAGCUACAAGAACCUCAACGGCCAAACCCAAGCGCUCGAAACAAUUCUCGCCGAUGCGGGCAUCAAUUCCAUUCGCCAGCGGGUGUGGGUAAAUCCUAGUGACGGCAUCUACGAUCUGGAUUACAACUUGGAGCUGGCCAAGCGAGUCAAGGCGGCUGGCAUGAGUAUCUAUUUGGAUCUUCAUCUGAGCGAUACAUGGGCGGAUCCUAGCGCUCAGACAACACCUUCCGGGUGGUCCACCACCGACCUCGACACUCUAAAGUGGCAACUAUACAAUUACACUCUUGAGGUAUGCAACACCUUUGCGGAGAACGACAUUGACAUCGAGAUCAUCUCGAUCGGCAACGAAAUCCGCGCUGGUCUUCUCUGGCCUCUGGGCGAGACGAGCAGCUACUCAAACAUUGGUGCAUUGCUGCACUCCGGCGCUUGGGGAGUCAAGGACUCCAGUUUGGCGACAACACCCAAAAUCAUGAUCCACCUGGAUGAUGGCUGGAGCUGGGAUCAGCAAAGUUACUUCUACAAGACCGUCUUGGCUACGGGCGAGCUAUUGUCCACGGACUUCGACUACUUUGGUGUUUCCUACUACCCGUUCUACAGCGCAUCCGCAACUCUAGCGGCCCUGACGACCAGUCUGGCGAACCUGCAAUCGACCUAUAGCAAGCCGGUUGUGGUGGUGGAGACGAACUGGCCAGUCUCGUGCCCGAACCCUGAGUACUCAUUCCCCUCCGAUCUGAGCUCAAUUCCCUUCUCGGUCGCAGGUCAGCAGCAAUACCUCGAGAAACUGGCAGCUGUGGUAGAGGCCACUACCGAUGGGUUGGGAGUGUACUACUGGGAGCCGGCGUGGAUCACCAAUGCUGGGUUGGGGUCGAGCUGCGAUGAUAAUCUGAUGGUGGAUACGUCCACGGACGAAGUCUAUGCGAGCAUUGAUACUCUCGGUGAGCUUUGAGAGGCGGGAUUGUUGCUUGUGUAGGAUAGGAAUCUAAACCAGGGUAUUGAUGCG